AUGAUAUCGGCCGCCAUUAUCGUGUCUGCUUUGUUCUAUUGGUUCUAUAGUUGCAGAAAGAGAAGCUACAAUCUCCCUCCUGGGCCUAAGCCUUUCCCUAUCCUUGGGAAUGUCAGAGAUCUGCCUCCGACCGGCAUUCCCGAGUAUAAGCAUUGGCUCAAAUUCAAAGACAUCUAUGGUCCUAUCAGUUCCAUUCAUAUCUUGGGGCAGAGGAUCGUACUUCUUCAUGAUCGUCAGGCUGCGCACGACUUGCUGACCAAGUCCUCGACAAAGACCUCGGGUCGCCCUUAUAUGCGGUUUGCGGACAUGUGCGGAUUCGCAUCGCUCCUCAAUCUUCAACAAUACGAUGGAACAUUUCGACGGCAUCGCAAAUUGGUCCACCAGCAAUUUGGGACGAAGGUAAUGGCAGCACGAUUUCGGGACAAUAUCGAGCCAGAGUCACAUCGAUUUCUUCUCCGAGUUCUGGAUGAUCCAGCCAACUUGGCGCAGCACAUCAAGACUGAGGCGAGCGCCAUCAUUCUCAAGAUAACCUAUGGCUAUUCUAUUUCGCACAGCGGAACCGACCCUUUGGUUCAUCUGAUAGAGCGCACGAUGGACGUGUUUGCACUUGCAACUGUCCUGCUCGCUUGGGCUGUGGAUAUCAUGCCCAUACUGCAGCAUCUUCCAGAAGGCCUUCCAGCGACGUCCUUUAAGAAGCAGGGUCGAGAAUGGAGAAGGCUUCUGCAGACGACACAAGACGUCCCCUACUUAUUCGUACAGGAAAAAAUGUCCAAAGGAACCCAUGAACACUCAUUCGUCUCGUCACUUCUUAAAGAAGACAGUAUUGUCGACUGCGGGACCAAGAACGACUAUUCCGAGGAUGACAUCAAGAAGACAGCCUUGGUCAUGUACGGCGGGGGAGCCGACACCACUGCGUCAGCCCUUCACAGCUUCAUCCUAGCCAUGAUCCUAUUCCCAGAUGUCCAGAAGAAAGCACAGGCGGAGAUUGAUGGUAUUGUCGGCAGAGAGAGGUUGCCUGACUUUGGAGACCGAGAUCGCUUGCCAUAUAUCAAUGGCGUAGUGAAGGAAGCUUUGCGAUGGCUCCACGUGGCGCCAUUAGGCGUUGCCCAUCGGACCGAUGAAGACAUCAGCUACCGAGGCUUUGAAAUUCCCAAAGGGACGUACUUGCUGCCGUCGAUAUGGUGGUUCUUGCAUGAUCCUCAUACAUAUUUGGAUCCCUCUUCCUUUGACCCUGCCCGAUAUUCGGCACCUCGUAAUGAGCCAGAUCCCACGGAUGAAGCCUUUGGGUACGGUCGAAGGAUUUGUCCCGGCCGAUUUCUGGCGGAUGAGAGUCUCUUCAUUACCAUUGCGCGUCUCUUGGCGACAUUUGAUAUCAACAUGGCUGUUGAUGACUCGGGUAAUGAAAUUGCGCCCCAGAUCGCUACUACGAGUGGCUUGAUUUGUCGUCCAGUCGACUUCCCAUACAGCAUCACACCAAGAAGUGAGCAAUCGGUGCAUCUAGUCAGGUCAGCCCAGGAGAAAUAUUCUUCGGAAGACGAAGAUGCGGAUCUUGUUCGGGACAAGUUCCCAAAAGUAUUUGAGUAA